AUGGAUAUUAGAUUUGACAUGGCAUUAAGGAGAAGAAGAAAACAGAGAGAUUCUCAAGAAGAACCAGACACUGGGACCACUGCUAAUCUGCACUGAGAUAGGAAGGACUAUUAUAACAAGCUCAUUAGUGAAAGAGGUAAAAAGAAGAGCAAACCAAGCUUUAGCAUAGUAAAGAGGCUUAUUGCUAAAAGGAAAGAGCUUGAGAGGGCUCAAAGAGCUAGAUCUGCUGAUUUUUCAGAUAUAGCCUUGAAGACUCCUAAGUGAUUCCCUAAAGCUGAUUCUAAAUAAACCUCAGAAUCGACCCAAGCGAGUGGCUCAAGAAACUUACAGAGAUAUAGAGCAAACUCGGAAGGAUACAAUAAUCCAAAAAGAUACCGAUACUUCGCCUUUGAAGACCACCAAUGAGACUGAUGACUCAAUAAAUAACGAGAUCAGCAUGAAUUUACUAAUGUUUGGUAAUACAGAUGAAGCCUCCUUCAGCUAUUUUCAGUCCAGAAAAGAUCCUGUUCAUUUGAGAAAUAUAGAGAUCUUGUCAUCUAAAAAUAAUGAUCGCUUCAAAACAAAAACUGAAUGAGACCAGAACGUUGAAAAUACAACAUCUAAAAAGAAGAUGACAAAUGAGUGCAAUACAAGGGAUAAGCGUCUUCAAGUCUCUAAAGAUAAAGGCUGAAGUUUAGGAAAUUACGUGCAGAAGAAGGAAUUAGAGGAAGACGAAGAUAUUUGGGAAGACUCAAUGGUUGAACACCAUACAUAUUUUGGGAUGGGACCUUACGCCAUUGAGGCAAAGGUUGAUGAACAGAUGUUUUUAGCAUGCGGGCAAGAGUCACACUUGUCUAGUAUUAACCCCUCUCUUCUGUCCUCCUUUGUGCUCAAUUAUGGAGAAGUAAAAGAGAUGGCUAGGUCUACGUCAGUUGAUGAAAACUAACUAAUCCAGUUCCAUCUUAAGAAAACGGUGG